UGGCACUUGGAGAAGGAAGGGAGUGAGCCUAUCACCAUCCUUUAUCAGCAGAGAUAUCCCUCUGCCAUGAUGAAACUGGAGCCGUCAGAGUUUAAAAAAAGAACACUGUCAGAGUGAAGGCACCACAUCUUGGCAAGAAAUGCUUAACAUAGUUUCCACCGUCACCAAGCUCUCCUUCCUACCCCACACCCUGCUUCUAUUUAAAUCCCAGGCACUUCACCGGACUGUACUCAUUUCAGCCAGUGCCCAGGCUAUCUGCAGAGAAGGGGAGUAGCAUGGCUCCAGGAGAGAAGAAAGGGGAGGAAGGGCCAGCGAAGAGCCCCUUCCGGAAGGUACGCACAGCCACCCUGGUACUCAGGUUGGCCCAAGGUUGGCAGCAGUGGGCAAAUGAGAACAGCAUCAAGCAGGCCCAGGAGCCUGCAGGCUGGCAACCUGGAGGGACCCAGGACCCACCCCAAGUUCCUAAACCGGUGAUACAUCCCACUCCCCUCCAGAAAGAUCAUAGUGUCCUAAAGCCUCCAUCCCAACAGCCAGAGGCACAUGGAGAUGGACAAAACUCAGAGGGAACCUCUGAGGCCUCCCAUAUCAAAAGGAAAGGGGUGACCAAAACAGUUGUCAGCAAGGCUUACGAGAGAGGAGGGGACAUGAGCCACCUCAGCCACAGGUACGAGAAGGACGGUGACUUGCCUGAAUCUGGGCAGCCAGAAGAUGACAUCGACAGAAUCCUCCACAGCCAUGGCUCCCCAGUGCGGAGGAGGAAGUGUGGCAACCUGGUGUCUGAGCUGACCCAAGGCUGGAAAGAGAUGGAACAGGAUGAACCCAAGUGGAGGAGCGACAGCAUAGACACAGAGGACAGUGGCUACGAAGGGGAGACAGAGGAGCGGCCUAAGCAGGAAAGAGAGCACGUGACUGCUGCCCGAAUCAAACGCCCCAUGCCCUCCCAGGCAAACAGGUUUACAGAGAAACUCAACUGCAAGGCCCAACGGAAGUACAGCCAAGUGGGCAAUUUGAAAGGGAGAUGGCAGCAGUGGGCUGAUGAACACAUACAAUCCCAGAAGCUCAAUCCUUUCAGUGAAGAAUUUGAUUCUGAGCUGGCCAUGUCCACCCGCCUCCACAAAGGAGAGGAGGGCUAUGGCCGACCCAAGGAGGGAACCAAAACUGCCGAAAGGGCCAAGCGAGCUGAGGAGCACAUCUACAGAGAAAUCAUGGACAUGUGUUUCAUUAUCCGCACAAUGGCUCACCACAGACGAGAUGGCAAGGUCCAGGUUACUUUUGGAGAUCUCUUUGACAGAUACGUACGCAUUUCAGAUAAAGUAGUGGGCAUUCUCAUGCGGGCCAGGAAGCAUGGACUGGUAGACUUUGAAGGAGAAAUGCUAUGGCAAGGCCGAGAUGACCAUGUCGUGAUUACUCUACUAGAAUGAACCUUUGAUAACAAAAGCCAAACUUGACCCAUUACUGUCUUAAUGCUAAACGCUAAUGCUUUCACAAUUAAAAUGCAAACUGCUCUGUAAUAAGUUAGUAAAUAUUAAAUAAUUUUUACCUGAAGACUUUUUAGUGCUCUAUUUCUAUGACAUUUGAAGACUUGAAAAGCAUACAAU